UAAAGGCGGAAACCUUCUAUUCACUUCUGAUGGAAAUCAAGUUAUUAGUCCGGUGGGAAAUCGCCUUUCCAUAUUUGAUCUUGUAAACAAUAAAGUAGUUACCCUCCCUUGUGAAAACAAUAAAGAUAUUUAUCGUAUAGCUUUGUCUCCUAACGGAAGUCUACUCAUUUCCAUUGACCUUGAUGGAAGAGCUCUAUUAGUAAACUACUGUAAAGGGGUUGUCUUAAGUGACUUUAACUUUAAAAACAAAGUUUCCGAUAUUAAAUUUAGCCCAGAUGGCAGAUUCUUUGCUGUUGCUAUUGGGAAACAACUACAGGUUUGGAGAUCUCCUUCUCUCUGCAAGGAAUUCGCUCCAUUCAUACUUCAUCGAAAAUACACUGGCCAUCAUGAUGCUCUCACUUCCGUCAACUGGUCGGGGGAUAGCAAGCUAUUGAUUACUGGUUCCAAAGAUAUGACGGCGCGCAUAUACACUGCGCAUCCGGUCGAGGAUUUCACUCCUAUAACGUUAACAGGUCAUAGAAAUUCGGUGGUCAAUGUUUUUUUUGCGGUCUCCAUGGAAUACGUUUACACCAUCAGUAAGGAUGGGGCUCUGUUUACAUGGAAAAAUUUGUCCUCUGAUGGCAUUUCGACUUUGAAGUGGUCGCUGGAGAAAAAGUUUUACUUUGAAAAGCACGCGCAGGUCACCUCGUCUGCUUUUCAUCCAACCCUUCAGCUCCUGGUCGUCGGCUUUAGUUCCGGUUUGUUUGGCAUUUACGAACUUCCUGUACCCAAUGGGAUCCACUUUCUGAGCAUUUCUCAGAGGCGUGUCAGUUCGGUGGCUAUCAACGCGAGCGGCGACUGGCUUGCAUUUGGCUGCUCUCGGAUUGGCCAACUCCUUGUUUGGGAAUGGAAGAGCGAGACUUUUAUACUGAAGCAACAAGGUCAUUUUUAUGAUAUGAAUGUGCUGGACUUCUCUUCGAACGGUCAGUAUAUCGUGACUGGCGGCGAUGAUUCUAAAGUGAAAGUAUGGAACACUCGGUCCGGAUUUUGUUUCGUUACUUUUAAAGAGCAUUCAGCGGCUGUUACUGGUGUUCGGUUUAGUCCGAGAGACAAAGUUAUUUUUUCUUCCUCGUUGGACGGCACGGUCCGCGCCUUUGAUCUUAUGCGCUACAGGAACUUUAGAACUUUUACAAGCCCGUCGCCUGUUCAGUUUUUAUCGCUCGCUAUAGAUGUCAGCGGGGACAUCGUCUGUGCGGGCUCCCUCGAUACCUUUGAGAUAUUUGUUUGGUCUGUUCGCACAGGUCACCUUGUGGAACUUCUUACUGGCCACGAGGGCCCGGUGACGUGUCUCGAGUUCAGCCCAUCCGUGCCGGUUCUAUACAGCGGCUCGUGGGAUCAUUCUGUGCGUGUUUGGGACGUUUUUGAGCGCAAAGGAACCCCCGAAGUUUUGGUGCAUAAGUCCGACGUAAGAGCCCUUGCUUUACGACCCGACGGCGGCGAACUUUGCGUGUCUUCUUUGGAUGGCGAUCUUACCAUCUGGGAUUUGAGCGAUAACCGACAGUCAGGAUCGCUGAACUGCCGACGCGAUAUAGGCACCGGUCGAAAGCAAAGCGAUCUCGUUUCUUCUAAUAAUAACCCUUCUGGCAAAUGUUUCACUGGUCUUUGUUACAGUGCAGACGGGCGCUGUCUUGUGGCUGGCGGGAAAUCCAGAUAUGUCUGCAUUUACGAGCUCUCCCAGAAAGUUCUAUUGAAGAAGUUCAGAGUUUCCAAAAAUCAGAGCCUGGAUGGUAUAAGCGAAAAGCUCAAUAGCAAGUUUAUGACUGAGGCCGGCCCCCUGCAGACCAUUGACCACGCCGAGGAUAGCGAGGAGGAAGGUCGCUACGAUCUCUACCUGCCCGGCGUGGCCAAGGGGGACUUGAGCUCCAGGCGGACAAGGCCGGAAAUUCAGGUCAAAAGCGUUCGGUUCUCGCCCACCGGUUGCAGCUGGGCAGCCUGCACCACUGAAGGGCUGCUUAUAUACUCACUUGAUGAGCGGGCCACGUUUGAUCCAUUCGAUCUCGACCCGGACGUCACUCCUGCGCGUGUUCUAUCUUUACUCCAAGACCAGGAGUACCACAAGUCACUCAGCAUGGCGUUUCGCUUGAAUGAAAAGCCUUUUAUAAAGCACGUGGUUGAGUCCAUCCCGUUGGAAAACAUACUGCCCACUGUUCAGGCCCUGCAUCCUUCUUACGUAGUCAAACUUCUGGCCUAUACCAGCGAGGCUCUCGACUCCACUGUCCAUCUAGAGUUUUACUUGACGUGGUGUUUCCACAUAUUCAACUGCCACGGUAGAUAUAUAAAGGAUAAUGAUUUGAACCAUAUGAGUAUACUUCGCCUACUCCAGAGAAGUAUUAUACAGUAUAAAGAGUCCCUUUAUCGUUUGUGCGAUAGUAAUAAUUACGCAAUGGAAUAUAUUAAAACUCUGAGCAGUUUUUAUAAAGAGGCUUCUACACUAGAGACCUUAAAUUCCAAUUUAAUUAAAUAA